AUGAAACGUCCUCAAUUUAUUCAUAAAAAUCCUUAUUCGUUUGUUUUGGCUGAUGGUGUAGCACCUUUUCAAGUGCUUGGAACUAUCGAAUUAUCAAUUCAAUUUGUCAAUAUGACAACAACAAUUCAAGCUCAUAUUGCUCGAAAUCUAUGUGCCGAUAUGAUCUUAGGCAUGGAUUAUAUCAAUAAAUACAAUCUUAACAUCGAUGUUAAACAGCAAACUAUCGCUAUUGAAUAUAACAAUCGAAUAUUAACAAUGAAUAUUGAUCAAGAUUUUGAACUACACAAAAUUCCUGUUACUUCUUCUAAAGCAAUAUAUAUACCUCCGCAUUCCAAUCGUUCAUCAAAGUUUCCGAAUACUUCGGAAAACAGCAGUCAUGUAGCUUAUCCGAGCAGUAAUGAUUCGAUUCUUUAUCAUCCUCUUCAACCAGAACGGAAUCCUCAUCCAAAAGAUCCGUCAUUUUUGUCUCGUCAUUCGCUAUUGCCGUUUCCGAACACUUCGGAACACAGCAGCCAUAUAGCUUAUCCGAGCAAUAAUGACUUGAUCAAUCAUCAUCCCCAACAACCACAAUUGAAUUCUCAUGUACGUUUUUUAAAUCGAUCAAUCGAAACUUGUCCAAAACAUUUAACGGGUAAAAAACGUACUAAAUGGUUAAAAGCUGGUGAAAAAGCUCAAAAGAACAAUCAAAUAUUGAACAAUCACGACGCUUUCUAUUGGCCUGAAUCACACUACGGUCAUCCAAUCCACAUUCACCAUCAAACACCAUUACAUAUUAUUCAAUCUCUUAUACAAGAAAUUUCAGAUGUUCAUCUUUUUACUAUUGACACCGAAUCAGAUAAACCAACUAUACGACAACCAAAACCAGUUCCUGCGUUGAUACAAAUACAGGCAAUUCAUAAUGAAACUCUAUCAACUGUAAUACUAAUAGAAAAAGCCAUCCAAUAUACGUUUGAUAAAGCUUUAGAUAAAUCAUCGACAUUGAACAUCUGGUCUUGUGGACUUGAUUCAUCAUUACAGACAUCAAAUACUAGUGAAGAUAAAUGUGCUCGAGAAUCAUUAAUUACCUAUGCGAUAAAUGAUCUCUUCGCCGUAACUCAGCUAUAUUUUCAUUUUAGUAAAUCAAAUAUUCAGAGUCAAACUUCUACCAGUUUACCUCAUUUGAAUACAAUCAUGCCAAGUGAAACAAUCAACGUUCCAUCAUUUUUAAUUCUAUCGGAUAGUCAUGGUAAACACCUCAAGUCAAUGGAGAAUACAUCUAAAUAUACUAUGAUUACUCACUCGAUUUCUGGUCUUCAAUGGAUCAAUCAAUACGAUAGUAAAUUAUGUGCUCGUUCCAUCAUCUUAUCUUCUUCUAUGACAUCAAUUCUAUCAAAAUCUGCUGGUGUUUUAUGUCUUAUUGGUACAAAUUCUGUUCGUACAACACACGCAUUACAAAUUAUUCAACAGAUUGAAGAUAUUAUUCAUACUAUUCGCCUACAUCAUGCUCAUCUUACACAUAAACAUGGUAUUACCAUAGUACAAACAUUUCCGUGUUUCAAAGUAUCAAAACGUUUUCCAUCAACUACAUUAUUAUCAAAUAAUAUUGAUACUUAUAAUAAAGAAUUACAACUAAUAUCAAAACGUAUGAAUUUUUCAUGCGUUAAUUUUCAUAUUACGAAUGAACAUUUACAUCAUGACCAUAUGCAUUUAAAAUAUCAAUAUCAAAAUGUCCUUUCUCAUGCAAUCACUAAUUAUUUUGAUGCAGUCAUAAAGAAGAAAUUAACUCUUAGUCAAAAUCAACGUCGAAGUAGAACAUCUGUCACAAACAGAAAUAAAAGAAUACACGAAAAAUUACGAGCAAAGCAAAAACAGAACAUACUUAUUCGUCCUAUUAGUAUAUUAUGGAAAUUACCUGAUAUUAAACAAGUAUUGAAACAUUAUAAUAUACAAUAUGCUCGAUUACCUGAAAUUUAUAAACAUAAACUCCGUAUUCAGUUCAACAAUGAACUUUACCUACAACAAGCUGAGCGAAUUUUAUCUUCGAAUAUUUUCGAUGAACAAAAUUUUCUUGAAUGGCAUCGACAACAUCAAUAA